AUGAUUGGAAAACUAAUCGUACUGUUGACUUCAAUUGCAUCUUUAUGUCAAGGUAGAGAGUUUUAUUUAGGUACAUCAUCAAACGCAGCAUGUUUAACAAUCACAUCACCAACAACGAUUGAAAUUACAAAAACAAUAGGUCAAGAAUCACUUCCAAUAGUGGUAUUUGACUACAAACAUAGAAACUUACUCAAAGAGUUACCUAAUUUUGACUUUUUGACUACUGAUGCUAAAGUUGAUGAAUAUAUAGAGUAUGGAGAAUUUGUAUUUGACUCACCCAAUUCAGUUCAUGCUUUCAAAGAUGAAUUAAAUAAAGUUCCUUUGAGGUAUAAUGUUGAACCGGGAACUUGGUGUAUAUAUACCCCAAAGACAUCAUCUUAUGAAUACAAAGUGGAAGUUGCAGAAGAUGGAUAUUAUGAAAGAUAUGAUGAUUUAUGGUGGUCAGGUAUAAAUAUAGUAGUUUCUUUAUUUUUAGCAAGAUUAUUCAAUUUUGGAUCAAAUCCUCCAAUUAUUUAUAAAGCUGCUACUUUGGUACAAUUGGCUAAAGUUUCAGUAUAUGCAACAUCGGCUUUUUUUACAUUUUUAAAUGAACCAGUUUUAAAAUACGCAGAAUAUGUUGUAAAGGGAUUAGAUGAUAUUUUCACAAUGAUGUUUUUAAUGGGAUAUGGAUUAACUUAUGGAAAUUAUCGUGAUCAAAAUGUUAAAAAGAUUUUGUUUUUCUCAUUGUUGAUUGUAUUACCAUCAUUUGCAUUAAGAUAUUUUGAUUUAAAAACUAAUAUCAACUCUAUUGAAAUUAAUCAUCAAGGGUAUAAUGUUGUUAAGGGAAUAUUAGGAGCUUCUGGAUUUGACGCAUUAAAUCAAAUUGAAAAAAUUACAUUAAAAUAUAAAAUUAAUACAUUUAGUGGACCAGUUGCUUUAUUGUUUGCAAUUUCAAAUUUUGUUAAAGUUUUAGUUUAUUCAUUAUCAAUCCGUUCAACUUUGAAAAAACUCAAGCAAAUAAAUCCAACAGCAAGAAAAUCUUAUUCAUUAGUAGUAAUCGUUUGGUUAUUUGCUUGGUCAUUAAUCAGUGCAGCAUUAUCACCACAAUUAUUCUAUAAUUAUCCAAACACCACAAAUUAUGCAAAUGUCUUAAACAAUUACUUGGUUGAAGCUUUAAGAAAUAAAUACAUUAUAUUUGCAUUAGAUGAAUCUCAUUGGAUUGUAUUUUGGUUAUUGUGGUAUUUUGGAAAAGGUUUAUUGGUUGAUAAAGAAGUUGUAGAAGUUAAUGAAGUUGCUGCUGUUAAAGUUAAACCAAGUGAGAUUGAUGCUAUACCAGCUGUUACCGAUGUUAAAGAAGAAACUAAAAAGGAUGAAUAA